GGACUGGCAUCAAUGUUACAAAUGAAAUGUGUGAAUUGUGAUAUGGUGGUAUCAGUUCCAACUGGAAAGAGACACUCUCGCAUAGACAGUGACCAUCCAUCUAGAGCAUUUGAUGUCAACACAAAACUGGCUCUUGGUAUGCUUCAUGCAGGUAUUAGCCAGAAGAAAGUAUUAAUGCUCUUAAGUGUACUUAAUAUUCCAUCUAUGUGCCAUAAAACCUUGAAAAAAACAGAGAGGGAAGUAGGAAAGGCAUUAGAAGAAAUGGCCAAAAAGAGUUGUGACGAUAUGGCUGCGGUCGAGAAGGAAUCAUCAAAGUACAAAAAAUAA